GUUAGAUUGUGAUAGUUACAUUUCAUGCCUCUAAAAUCACAAAAGUAAAUUUUGUCCUCUUUUGCUGUUUCAGUCUUUAAGUACAAGCACAGACGACCAGUUUGGAUUUGCAUUAGUUAAAGAAGAAAUUAAUGAAGCUCUGCUGAAGAAUGACCCACCAGCAGCUGCUGCAAAGAUCACUAAGUUAAUGAUGAAGGAGAAAAACAUCACACUAAAUAUCGCCAUCACAGGAGAAGCUGGUUCUGGUAAAUCCACCUUUGUUAACGCUCUCAGAGACCUGUCCGAUGGUGACGAGGGAGCUGCUCCUACUGGUGUUACAGAAACCACCAUGAAGGUCACAGAGUACCCCCAUCCAAAGUAUCCCAAUGUUACUUUAUGGGAUCUUCCUGGAAUCGGCACCACCAAGUUUCCAGCUGAUGAGUACCUGAAGCUUGUUGGAUUUGAGAAGUUUGACUUCUUCAUCAUCAUCUCAGACACUCGCUUCAGAGAAAAUGACGUGAAACUGGCUCAGGAGAUUCAGAGGAUGAAGAAAAAGUUGUACUUUGUUCGAUCAAAGAUUGACAACAAUAUGCGAGCUGAGAGAAGAAAGAGAGACUUCAGUGCAGACGAGGCUCUGACAAAGAUCAGAGAAGACUGCGUUAACAAUCUUAAAAAACUAGGCGUGGAGUCUCCACAGGUCUUCCUGGUGUCGAGCUUUGAGCUCCGCCUGUAUGAUUUCUCUCUCUUACAUGAGACCUUAGAGGAAGACCUUCCUGAACACCAGAGAGAUGCUCUGCUGUUUGCCACAUCCAGCAUCAGCUUGGAGAUCAUCAACAAGAAGAAAGCAGCUUUUCAGUCCAGAAUAAAAUACAACGCUUUUCUGUCUGCAGCUGCAGGAGGUGUUCCAAUUCCUUUACUUCCUGAAACGAUUGACGUCAGCAUGAUGGCUGCUGUUGUCACACAGUAUGUAGAUGGGUUUGGUCUUGAUAAACCAUCACUGGAGAGACUUGCUGCCAACACAGGUGUGCCAUACUCUGAUCUGUGUGAUGUCAUGAAAUCCUCACUGGCUAAACAAGAAAUAGAUAAAGGUCAAAUUAUGAAGGUGUUGACCUCACUUGCACAGACAGCUGUACUACAAGCAACGGGGGAAGCAGCCAAAUGGAUUCCAGUAUUUGGAUUUGCAGCAGGAAUGAGCUUGUCCUUUUGCACAACCUACACCGCUCUGAAUUAUUUCCUUGACACGCUUGCUGAGGAUGCUCUGAAAGUCUUUGAAAGGGCUCUGAGUGGAAAUAAGUAA